AUGGGUGACUCACCGGAAGCUGUGCAAUCUCCGACAAAUGUGGACGAUCUAUUCGACUACGACGUCGGCCUCGAUGAGAUCUUCAAAAACCAACCAGAUACCACCGCUACCUCGAAUGGCUCUAAACCGGCCACGGGCGAUCCCACGUCCUUAGGUCUAGGGCUUGACGAAGAAGUCAAAGUCACAAAGCAACGAAAGCCUAACCCAAAACUUGACGAAGCUCGUCUCCUUUCACAGCCAGGAAUUCCCAAGCUGCGUCAUACGGCCAAAAAAAAGCUCAGAUUCAAGGGAAAGGGCCAUGAGUUCCAAGACACCGAACGAUUACUAAACUUCUACCAAUUAUGGCUUGAUGACCUCUUCCCGCGCGCAAAAUUCGCCGACGGGUUAGCCAUGAUUGAGAAACUGGGUCACACCAAGCGCAUUCAAACCAUGAGGAAGGAGUGGAUUGACGAAGAAAAACCGAAGCCGUUUUACGACAGAACCAAUACCGACGACCCUGCUGGGUCAUCCGCCAACCGAAACUCGGAAGGAGACAGGCCAAGAGACCACGUUGCAAAUGAUUCUACCACAAAUCAAACGGGGACCGCAAAUGAUGAAGACUUGUUCAUGCCAGACCCAGAGGCGGAGAACCGGCGUCCUGUCAGCCAUCCGGAGCCAGAUGACGAUGAACUCGAGGACCUUCUACGGGAACAAGAUGGUGAAAUCACAUUUGCUCCGCCAAAACCAGUGCCUCGAUCUCACCAGGACCAUCCCGAACCUGACGAUGACGAUCUUGAAGAUCUCUUGAGGGAGCAAGAUGAAGUAAUGGCGGAUAUGCCUAAAUCCACAUCCAGACCCGCAGACACGCCUAUGGACGACUUUGAUGCCGAGUAUGAAGCGAUGAACGAGAUGGGACUUUAG